CCACAUCUGACAUAUUACCACACUGUUGAACCAGAGGAUGUUUACAAAUAUCAUACAAACUCUUACCUACGUCCAACGUAAACUUGUGGUUACAACCCACGCAAAGAGGGCAUUUGUUUCUUUUUCAUAUAUAUUUUUCUGAAGAAUGCUAUUCAUUUGGUCAGUGUAUUAAGUAUCCUCUCAAAGAGCUCAAAGCUCAAAGAGGUUCAAGACGGGAAAAUCGGAAAAUUACCCUCUUGACAGACCUGCCCUCUUGAUGUGUAUUUUCGGAAAAAAGGGUUUCAACAUGCUUCAUUUCAGUCAUUUCACAUUGGUUAACUCCUCUGACCGAGGGUGUAAUAAUUUUGAAAUUUAAAAUAGCCCACGGUUAGUUGACCAAAGUCACGCACAGUCUUGCUAGAAUAUUUGCUCUGACUUCCAGGUUAGAGUUUAAGCCUAUAUGUGGGUUUCUAGCCUCUAGAGUGCUCUCCAAACUUCCCACGUCCUUCAUAUCUCAACAUAUGCGCGUUGAUGCAUGAACCAAUUGUUAAUUAGUUGUUAAUUAAAAGCCAAUAUAUUGUCACGUUUUUUUUCUGCAGUGGAUAAUACAGACCCUCCAGCCAGAGAGGAGGAACAAGAAGAAACGCCCUGAGCUUUGAAAUGGCAAGAAUUAAUUACAGAGAAGAAUUGAUUAACUCUUUUUUUCCCGUUUUACCUUUAAUCAUCCAAACAUAUAAUAGAGAAGUUAAGAAAGUUUCUAUAGCCAUUUCUAUAAUUUUGCAAUCACUAAACAAUGCUCCCAGUGAAAAGAAAAACAGGGGAGAUGAUAUUGUGUGAUAGUGGAUUUCUUGCUUACGGGAGGUGUAGCCUAUAAUAUCCUGGCAGUUUAAUUUGCAUGGCUGUUGAUAAAGCCAAAUAAAUAUAGUUGAAGUUUGUAUUGAUGUAGUCCUCAGUGUUUUAUUCAUAUCCCUGUAUUAAAUCUAUGAAUUUUAGCACUUUCCAGGUAUAAGGGUCUUUGAAUGUGUAUAAAUAUCAGCUGUGGUUGAACCUCUACACAGAUAGACUAAAUGCACCUUUUAAUAAUAAAAAUCCUGUAGAUCGUUGACGAGAAACUCUGAAAAAACAAACGCACGCGGGGAAGAAAAGUUGUUUUGUAGGCGGCCCAACCUAGGGAGUCUGGGUCUUAAAUUUGGAACUGCCAUUUCCAGCGUUUUCCGCAGGAUAUUUUCAGGAAAUGAAUAAGCAGGAAAACGCAGUAGUUAGUUGGUUUUUUCACUUCUCGCUAGUGUUGUCGAUAAGGUACAGUUUUUACGAAAAAAAGUCCAAUGACGCAAUCAGAAUUACGGAAUAAUAAAAGGAUAAAGGAAAUGCUAACACAAAGACACCAAUAAAGUGCGAAAAACUUUUCAGUCAUCCCGAUUUAAUGAUUUAAAAAAUGCUUUUUUAAGAGAGUAAAAUUUUUUUUUCAAGUUUUAGCCGGUACAUGUACGCCUCGGCGUAUGUGCGUAUAUGGACGCUACGCUCCUGACCAUUUAGAAUUCCUCAAUAACGUACCAAUAAUGUCAUCUGGUCCUUCAAACGUUGGAUAGUGCCACUAUCCAGCGGAUAAAUAUUAGAAAAAAACAAUUGCAUUGUCCACGAUAGCAAUAUCCACCUUUCAAACGACUGGGGCCUGGUGUUACUUUCUGUCAUUCUAUGAGGUUUUUAUCGCGGUAUAAAAUCCUCCGAUCGAGACAACAGUGCGUGAUGGGUGUUGAAAGGAGCAGGGGAGGAGCCAGGCAUGCUACAUGUGAUAAAGAAAAUAACUGCAAAAACCGUGGGCGAAGAUCCUGCUGAUUGUCGACGUUGGAUCUUUAUAAAAGAGAUCUAAUCAACUAAAAUAUUUAAAGAACAAAAACACGAGAAGUCCAAAGACCAGUGCAAAACUGAUCACAACAACUCGACUUGCUUUUUUAUAACAAUAUUUCGGCUGGUCAUACCAGCCUUCUUCAGGUUUACAGAUGGUAUGGCCAGCCGAAUUAUUGUUAUAAAACGCAAGACUCGUUGUUAGCUUUAUAUGAUCAGCUUUUCUAGUAGUCUAUGGACGUUUCGUUUUUUUGUUCAGGCCACAUCUUGCAUAUUACCACACUGUUGAACCAGAGGAUGUUUACAAACAUCAUAUAAACUCUUACCUACGUCCAAUGUAAACUUGCGGUUACAACCCACGCGAAGAGGGCAUUUGUUUCUUUUUCAUAUAUAUUUUUCUGAAGAAUUGCUAUUCAUUUGGUCAGUGUAUUAAGUAUCCUCUCAAAGAGCUCAAAGCUCAAAGAGGUUCAAGACGGGAAAAUCGGAAAAUUGCCCUCUUGACAGACCUGCCCUCUUGAUGUGUAUUUUCGGAAAAAAAGGUUUCAACUCGCUUCAUUUCAGUCAUUUCACAUUGGUAAACUCCUCUGACCGAGGGUGUAAUAAUUUUUAAAUUGAAAAUAGCCCACGGUUAGUUGACCAAAGUCACGCACAGUCUUGCUAGAAUAUUUGCUCUGACUUCCAGGUUAGAGUUUAAGCCUAUAUGUGGGUGCACCUUCAAACUGCGGUUUUUAAAGAAUGCGAUGGGUACAAAAAAAGUAAGUGACAUGACCUGACGUUGGGCGUAAAAAUGGCAUUUCCGGCGAAUCUUCCGGAGGUUGGAUGACGUCACGAUGUCGCGCUUAAAAACGGCGAAGGACGCUCUCUUUCGGCAACAUUUAACAACAAAGACAAUGGCGACCAGUUAUUUCGUUUUUCUGUUCCUCCUUCUAAUCGUAAGUUCAUUCUAGGUUUAUUUGUACAUUCAAUUUCUCUUGUAAUCUAGAUAAAUUGUGCUAACCCGUCUUCUCUUUGUGUGUGUAUGUGAAGAUACACGGCGUUAACAGCGACGAAGACGACAAAGACGAUGACCUGGACGAUGACGAAGAUGACAGUUUUUCAGGUAAAUUCCCGCUGAAGACUUACUUGUACACAAGGAAUCCUCCGAAGCCUAUAGCGUGUUAAUCGGUUAAUCUUCUGACCUGUUGGACAACAUAUCUUUAGCGGGGUUGGACCAGAUUCAGGGAUAUGUCAACUUAGUACAAAACAUUUCCUAUGUUACAUUUUUUUAUUAAGCUGAAUAUGUUUGCCCGCCGAAUCAAGGAGAUCAAAUGACAAGGAAGAAGGGAACGAGGUGAAUGGCCAGUUAAGAGGAGGCGUUUGUUUAUUUGAGCCCCGUUUUAAGCGAAUUCUUGAUUUGCCACCAUGUGACAAGGCGGCCAUCUUGGGGGUCAAUACAAUGAAUAUUUUCUGGAAGAAUUUACAUGAAAAUAGAGUUUCGUUCCCAGAGGAGGGAAAUGCUUUUGUUCUUAACCACCAACAUAGAAAAAUUCAGGCAAAAAACGUAACUGAAGCAUCAAGAACGGUUUGCCAGGUCUAAAAUACAGGUCACAUUCCACACGUCAGGAGUACAGGUCACUGCUCCAUCAGUAAAUUACCAAACUAGACACUAACAGAGCAUUUUGUUAAGAGAUUAGGGCUAGGAGACACUUUUAAUGCUAUUCAUUUACCUGUAUCAUGGUGACCUGUACCCUGACCUGUGGAAAAGUGACCCGUAUUUUAGAUCCGCUGACCGAGGCCAGACUAUUUGGGCAAGCUGUAGCUACCAUGUAGUAGUUUGAUGUACCAUGUAGUUUGAUGAGCAGGAUUGAGUACCAUUCCUCUGUAAUUUGCUUGCCUGUCAGGCAAUUUAAGAAUUGAAUCCACUACCCCAAUAGCAAAAUCCACCAGCCCUGGGCUAUCGGACACUACUUUCUUUGCACGCUGCUUACAGUCAAGCCAGGUCAAGCGUACCCUCCUUGAUUCUGUUUAUGAAUUUAUUAUUCAAAAGUUAAAUUGGUUGGUAGUUUUAGAUUUCAGAUUCAUCUCUGCAUUCCUGCAUGCGUAAUGAGAAGUGAAUUCACACGCAAGGUAGUAAUGAAAUUUCUAGCCACUCAGUUUUCUUGAAUUUUUUGUAAAUGUCUUCAAAGCAAUAAUUCAUUCUAAGAUUUUUCAAUCUGAGCGAAUACAUAGAAGUCUUCAUAGCUAAGUAUGCAGGAAUGCAGAUUUGAAUUUGAUACUGGUUGCGGUAUCAACUAAUAGAUUCAUUUUUCAAAUAAGUGAUUCAAUAAUAGAAUCUUGUGGGUAAACUUGACCUGGUGUGACUGUAAGGCAUAAAAGAAGGCUAAUGCCCUAGAAAGUCAUGCGCAGGACACGCCUCUCGCACUAAGAAAGUUUCAUCCCGCUUCAAACUAGCCAGUCCUCUGAGUAUCUAUCCUUUUUUUUUCAAGAACAAUUAUUCAGUGGAACAAUUUGCCUGCUUCUGUCUUCAGCGAACACUGCUCUUUAGAUACUUUUAAAGCCCAUGUGAGCUGCCUAAAUUAUCUACCUGUUUAUUAGCCUAUUAAGUAAACUUUUUUUUUUAUGCUGACCAACCCAGCCAAUAAUCCUCAAAUGUGAUGGGUAGGCUGUACGCGGGAAAUGUAAUGUAAAAUGUAACAUUGGUUGCCUCUUUUUUUCUUCACAGUUGCUGACUGCAACCUAAAAGUUAAGCCUGGUUCCUGUAUGGCUUAUAUGCCAAGAUGGUAUUUCAAUAAAACAUGGAAUAAUUGCACAAAAUUCAUCUAUGGAGGCUGUCGUGGAAAUAAGAACAACUUUGGAAGCAAGCAUGAAUGUGAGAAAAAAUGUUUAGGUACUCAUGGUGAGUUAUGACGAACACUUUUUGAAGGAAAAAUAAUUUAGAAUAAGAAAAUCCAGUGGUGUCUCAUUAGGAAUAUAUGUAUCUAUAAUGUUGCUGGAGAGAAGAUGUUGAUCAAAAAUAGGCAAAAAUAAAGUUUCUCCCAUUCCAGUGACAAGAUAACAAAAUUCUCAAAUCUGAUUUCAGCACUUAUAGGCCAGUGUAAUCGGACAGUAUGUUUCAUGCCUAAGUAAUGAUGGACAGUGUGUAUGUGCAUACUUAAAUGGCUUUUUUUUACUGCUAGCAAAAAAACUCUUGAAAUUUCUUGUUUCUUAUUUUUUAAGAAAGCCUAAAAUAUCACAAAUUUUGUCAUAGUUAUGAUUAAUAAUAUUGGCAACAGAACUUUUUGCCAUCCAGUUUGGUCUGUAAUCAUACUCGUGAUUAAACAAAUCAGACCCUUCCUUAUGUGGAUGUCUGAUUUUGUUAUCACUUGUAUGUUUACAGACCAAAUUGGAAUCCGCUCAGUCGUUUUACCAUUAUUCACAAUUAUUUGCCUCUAAAUGAAAUGGUUUUGAUUUCAUUCUUCCAGGACACAGUGCACAUCAGUCUUCUAUUGGUGAUCAGCAACAACUACAAGGACCCUGCAUCCAAGCUUCAAAAGCAUUUCAGCAAACCCAUGUAUUAAAUAUUUUGUUGCCUAGUUUGUACCAUAACAAGUACAUUCCUCAAUGCAAUAGGCAUGGCUACUUUAAGCCAAUGCAAUGUAAUCGACACAGGACGAAGUGUUGGUGUGUUGAUAAAUGGGGAAAUAAGAAGGGCAAACACAGAAAAGGACACCCUGAUGAGUUAGAUUGCAGUUAA